AUGGGAACAGCUGGCAACAAUUAUAGUGUGACAGAAUUUCCGCUCCUUAACAGAUUCUGGAAGCCAAAAAACGAUGCCCCUUCUGAUGACUCGGAUCACACCUUUGAGAUUCUAGCAAACCUUCACAAGCUGCUUCCAAAUAAUCUGAUGGAGACACUUCAUUCCUACAAGAGUGAAGAGGACCAAAAAAUAUGUAAGGAUCCUGAACUCUCUGGCUUAGAAAGAGUUUUAGCAAGACAUGAUUUUCCAGCAGAGAUUAACCUGACCCCAAAGCCAAGCAGAAUGGUCACACAGAAGAGAACAGCCACCAACAUUUUAAGUGACAGGUACAAAUGCCCCCAGUGGAAGAGAAGCACGAAAGACCCUCCAAUGGCCACCAUUGUUGUCAGCUGGCUAAAACACAACGUGAAAGCCACUGAGGAUUUCAAGUCGGUGAUCUAUAGGCUGUCAGCAUUUGGCACAAUUCAGUCAGUCACUAUGUGUGGAAAGCAAACCGCAAUAGUGGCGUUCAAAGAUAUAAUUUCAGCUUGUCAUGCUGUGCGUGCUUUUCGAAGCAGGACCCCAGGCACCAUGAUCCAGUGUUCCUGGCAACAAAAAUUCCUGAGGAAAGAUGUAAGAUUGUCUAUUACCAAAAACCUAUGUGAAUUCUUGAAACUUGUUUUAAAAAAUGUUUUUAUUUCUCAGAGCUGCGAUAAAAUAUAAUCACCAUAAUUGAUAUUUUCUCACUACAAAAAAGGCACAAUGAAGUUUUUUAGUUCAAGUGCUAGGAAUAAGUUAACACCACAUUCCUUCCUUGGAAAGCUUAACUCUGCUGUCGCGGUCAUCAAUCACAGUUUUGCUUUUCUGGA